ACUCUUUUCUCUCUCUCACCAAAGUCUUCGUGGGCGGCCUCGCUUGGGAGACCCCCAAGGAAGCCAUGAAAGACCACUUCGAAAAUACGGCGACAUUCUCGAAGCCGUCAUCAUCUCCGACAAGCUCACCGGCUGAUCCAAGGGCUACGGCUUCGUCACUUUCAAGGACGCCGAUGCGGCCAAGAAAGUGUGCGAGGACCCCACUCCGAUCAUCAACGGCUGCCGCGCCAACUGCAACCUCGCCGGCCACGGCGGCUGCCGCUGCACCUUCCCACCACCGUCGCCACCGCCGCUGCAACCAUGGGCUCAGCCGCAGCAUAUUACUACACCGGAUGCGAGCACGACUACCAACCGCACUUCCUCGAUUCCUGCUCGCUCUGCCGCAGACCGCUCAGCCAAAACAGCGACAUCUUCAUGUACAGAGGGAACACGCCGUUCUGUAGCCAAGAGUGCAGACAGGAACAGAUAGAGAUGGAUGAGGCGACGGAUAAGAAAUGGAAGAUGUCGUCGUCUUCCUCGUCGUCUUCGUCGAAGAGAUCGAGCGCUGUGAGACAGACCUCCGACUCCGCCAAGGAAUCCGACACGAAUAAAGCUGUACGGAGGGGAACAGUGGCCGUGGCUUGACUCUUGAGAUUAAAGUUAACUGCAAAUAAGUAUAUAUAUAUAUAUAUAUUGUAUUUGAGAAGAAAUUACUGAUCACUUCCUCGAUGAAUUUCGC